AUGUCUGCCUCAGUGCAUAAACCUACCGCCAAUGAGCAAGAGACCUUCGACCUGGUGACUGACGUCGGCCUCCGCAACAAAUUCCUCAUGGGACUUGUCGUCGAGAAACUGAAGGCUCAGAAGCUCAACUCCGGCGUUGUCACCGAUCACUUUGACCGUUUCGCUCAGUGGUUCAACAAGGCCACGGUCGAGACCGCGAACAAGCCAAUGGUCACCACCUGGGUUCAGCGCCUGGAGACUCACCUCGAACGCCUGGACAACAACCUCAACCACUACGAGCACGUCAAGAACGAGGACAUCGAGGAGAUGCAACGCGCAACCAAGCGCAAUCUCGGAUCCGUCUUCGUGGUCAUCAAGCUUCUCACCAGCUCCAAUGCAAAUGAGAAACCUACCCAGCCCCAGGGCCAAGGUCAGCUUCAGGACAAUCGUCGCGAGCUGGCUGGCAAGUUCUCGAACGACCAGGCGAAGCGGAAGUACGGUGCAGUUGCUUCCCCUAACUUUCACUUCGGCUUCAUCGACACUGCGCAGGCAUACACAAACUUCCCCGAUCGCCACGCCGCUCUGCCCUCGACCGCCGGAAGCCCCUUGAAGCACGAGUGGACCCCGAACUGGGACGCCAAGGGCCACAAGUCAUUCAACGAGUAUGUCUCAACCAUCAACGCCGGCACCGAACGCACCAACCGUUCCAACGAGGACAUUCUCCUGGACAUGAAGUACCCCGCCAUGACCCCGAUUGCGAAAGCCAAGGAGCUGAAGCGCCAGGAGGACGAUGAGGCCGCUAGAAAAGCCAUGUUCGCAAAGGAGGCCAAGAUGUAUGAGGCUGAGCAGCAGCGCAAAGGUCUUGUUCCGGCUGCGCCUGCCCCUUACUCAGUCAAGAGCAUGAAGGCCGCCAAGCAGCUCGGCAGCAUCAGCGCACACAUUCGCGCCAAGCAUGCGGAGGAGGUCAAGGAGCGGGAGCGUGCGGAUGAGCUCAAGCGUGCGGCGGCGCUCGAAGCCGAUCAGAAGGCUCUGGACGAGAAACGCAAGGCCGAGCUCGCUCAAAUCACCGCGGAACACAAGGCCAAGCGCGAGGCAUUCAUGAAGGCGAUCCACGACAAGGCGAACGAGGCGAAGGAGUAUGACUUUGUUGAGCCUGGCGAGGCGGACUUUGAUGACAUCUUUGCUGAUUUUGAUCGGCUUUCUCUUGCUGAUGCGGAUGAGGACUGGGUUGAUGUUUAG